AUGCUGUGCAUCGCUUGUGGUCUGCGCCCGUCAGUUAUAACUUCGUUAUACAGAUCGGUUGCCAGUAAUCCACGUCUCUUGUUUCAUACCACUUCCUUAUCGCGAAAGAAAGAAAUUCGAUGCACUGUUGAAAAGAAUGUGACCACGAUCGAAGGCGUGAUUGUUCCGUCCGAACGUGCUGAACACGUGAUACGAUUGGACGGCCUCGGUGACCCGCGUGACACCGAUCCGAUUAGUCGUGCGGAGCUGGACAUUCAACCAACGGAUGUACGAAUUCUGGCACAAUUCCUGCGACCGGAUGGCACUAUUUUACCGCGUUCGGUGACCGGGAUCAGCCUACGUAGCCAACUUCAUAUUGAGUUGCAAAUAGAGCGGGCUCGAAAAGCAGUCAAGUUUGGACUGCUGGGUAAUAAUGCGCUGUUACCUGGUUACCGAAGUCUCGCCAUUUUGAUAGAUUUCGAUGACUCACUACUCCAUGCAUCUUUGGACUCAUUCUCCUUAUAG